AUGAACCAAAGCGCAGGAGCGGUGCAGCACACCCGCAGAUACUCGGUGGACGGAAAGGACAUCGGACCAAUCGGAGCAGACAGGAACUGGAAGGGCAUCGGCAUCUCUCUGCUGGUUAUCCUGGUGGUUCUCUCCCUUAUUGGACUGUCCAUUGUUCUGCUGUCAAAAGAUGACCUUGGCAAGUCCUUUGGAUCACAGUUGACACUGGAUGACCUCUUUCAAAGAAGCUUCCAAAUACACGAUCCUGAUGCAAAGUGGAUCAAUGAGAGAGAGAUCAUCUUUCGGAGCUGGGACGGAGAUGUUAUCAAAGUCAACACCCACAACAACGAGACAGAACUCCUGCUGAAAAACACAACAUUUGCAACUUUUAAGGCCUCAAAGUUUGCAGUUUCUCCAGAUCUGAACUUCGUUCUUCUGGGAUACGAUGUCAAGCAGGUCUACCAGCGCUCGUACUUGGCAUCGUACCUCAUCUACAACCUGUAUACAAGAGAGGUUCGGGAGCUCAAUCCUCCGGAGGUGUCGGACUCAGUCCUCCAGUUUGCUUCGUGGGGAAUUAAAGGUCAACAGCUGAUGUACGUGUUUGAAAACAACAUUUACUACCAAACCGAUGUGCAGAGCAGCUCGUGGAGGCUCACGUCCUCUGGACAGGAGGGCGUCGUCUUCAACGGCAUCUCAGACUGGCUGUACGAAGAGGAGGUGUUGCGCAGCGAGGCGGCCCACUGGUGGUCGCCCGACGGCUCCAGACUGGCCUACCUCACCAUCAACGACUCCCUGGUCCCCACCAUGCUCCUGCCCCGCUUCACUGGCUCCCUCUACCCCCGAGGGAAGGAGUAUCCUUACCCAAAGAUGGGCCAAAUCAAUCCCACCGUCAGACUCCACGUGGUCACUCUGGAUGGCAGCUCGCUCACCACCGAGCUGAGGCCUCCUGACAGUUUUGAAAAGAGCGAGUUCUACGUCACCAUGGUGAAGUGGGCGACCCGGGAGAGGCUGAGCGUGCGCUGGGUGAACCGAGCUCAGAACAUGUCGGUUCUGUCGCUGUGUGACGCCACGACAGGCGACUGCACAAAGAAACAUGUGAUGACGUCAGAGAAGUGGCUCGAUCGGCAGAACGAGGAGCCGGUGUUUUCCAGCGACUACAGGACACUGUUCAUCACCAUGCCCUUAAAACACAGUGACCGCGGGACGUUCAACCACAUCACUAUGAUCUCCAACCAAUCGGAGGGUCAAGAGGUCACCCUGCGCCACCUGACCUCGGGAAGCUGGGAAGUCUCUCAAAUUCUGGCCUACGAUGAGAGCACCAAUAUCACCUUUUGGACCGACACAGGGUAAACAAGGCAACACAAUCCUCAGCUUCAUUUGGUCUCCACUGCGGAUCCAUUUCUCAAAGAAUGCCUGACCUGCUCCCUCUUCAAAACAAAGUGCACCUACUUCGACGCCGUCCUCAGCCCCAACUACCAACACGUUCUUCUUAACUGCAGAGGCCCUGGAAUACCCCAAACUACUCUUCACAAACUGAGUGAUAUGAAUGAGCACAAGACUCUGGAAACAAACACAGAAUUAAGACAUGCACUGAUAAACAGGACAAUGCCCAAGUGGGAGAGAAGAACUGUGCUGAUCAACAACUUUGCGCUUCGCCUGGAGUUAAUUGUCCCGAGAAAUCUGGAUGAAACACGGGAGCAUCCGCUUUUACUGGUCCUAGACAGCGCCCCUGGUGGUCAGGCUGUGAGUGACCGUUUUUCUCUCGGCUGGGAAUCUGUCCUGGUCACUUCAGAGAGCGUCAUCGUGGCCCGUCUGGACGGUCGUGGCAGCGGCUUCCAGGGUCAGAGGAUCCUUCAAGAUGUUUACCAGGGACUAGGAACCGUUGAUGUUCAGGACCAGGUCACAGCAGUACAGUACCUGGUCAAACUGCCUUUUGUCGAUGGCAACAGAGUUGGAGUCUAUGGAAAGGCGUAUGGAGGCUUCUUGUCCUCAGUCCUGCUCCUGUCCCACAGCUCGAUGUUCAGGUGUGGCAUCGCUGUAGCUCCUAUAACAAACUGGAAGCUCUAUGGUUCGGCCUUUGCUGAGAAAUACUUUGGCUCUCCAGUGAAAGAGGAUCACAAAUACCAG